CUACUUCCAUUUAUUGUAUACUAUGUAAACUAUAUCCAAGCUUUCACACUGUCUGUUUGGUGUUUAAGUAGCCCAAGACGUGUAUGCGAACUGCUUAUGCUCAUGCUGUCGCGUAUUUAUAUAAACAUGUCCGCUAUUCUCCACACACGUUCAGAAGUGUAAACAGCUGAAAAUGUGUAAGGCUGCUCAUGAUCAUCACCACUAGGCACUACUACUACUACUACUAGUACUAGUGAAAAAGAUGGUCGUGUAUAAUUUCUACUUAUUUGAUCGUAAUGGCACAUGCCUACACUAUGCAGAGUGGAGCCGUCACAGGAAGGCGGGCAUGGCUGAUGAUGAGGAAUACAAGCUGCUGUAUGGAAUUUGUUGUUCCUGCAUCAAGUCUUUCAUCAAUAGAUAUCUCAGUAGACCUGCUAUCAGCAAGGAUGGGUUUCUAUGUUACUCAACCAGCAAGUAUAAGCUCCACUUUUAUGAGACACCCAGUGGAUUGAAGUUUGUGAUGAAUACAGAUCAGUCUAUACCUGGUAACAUACGAGAUGUCCUCCAUCAGCUUUAUAGUCAGAUAUAUGUAGAGUAUGUUGUGAAGAACCCUAUGUGUGCACUUGGAGAACCAAUAACAAGUGAACUGUUCAAGAGCAAGCUGGAUGAAUUUGUUAGAUCGUUGCCAAUAUUCAAUGCAAAACCUGCCUGAAUGGUGCAUCUUUGGUAUGUACGUGUAUAUUAUGAAGAGCAUGAAUAUAAAGAGGGUCCUAUUAGAAGUAUUCCUGAUAUUAUGUAUGUGUAUACAGUAUAGUGCUGUUUUAUUUAAUCAAAUUAAUUUAAUAUUGUUUAUAGAGGCUAUGAAGUUGAUCAGGUCAGAAAUUCGUGACGUUUACAAUAUUGUCAAUCCUCUGUUUGUGGCCAUGGUAGAUGUAUCACUUCUGUGCUCAGACAAGUAUUACAUACGAACGGCUUGUGUUACACUGCAACACACUUUAUUCAGCUUUCUACUCAAGGGAGAUGAUAUACAACCCAAUGCCACACGGUUACAGAGAGCGAGCUCAUGCUUGAGCUCAACUAUAUAACAAAGUAGGUGACAGCACACUACUGAAUUUUACGCUACGGAAUCUCCCUUUUUUAAAGAAGUAAAUUUGGCCUUGACAACUAUUGCAGGAAGUAAAUCUAGAAUGUGAUAUAUUACAUUUACUAAAUAAAGUCAUUUAAACUUG